AUUUCCCAUCGAAUCUUUCCCCGUUUUCAACGCCCCCACAGCAACAGAGAAAGAUCCGAGAUCCGGCCCACCGCUCGCGGCGGCGCUGGUGGCACGGCCUCUUUUUAUAUCCCUUCCUUCUCCGACGAGGAGCUCCGUCCGCGAAGAAGGGGGAACGCCAUGGCCACCGGCGCUGCGGAAUGCCUCCUCCGGUGCGUCUACGAGGGCUGCAUCUCCGGGUGCGACUCCGGGAUCGAGAGGCGGCCGUACCACCGGAACUGCGGCUGCGCGCUCCACAAGAAGUCCGGCAGCAACUUCCCCCGUCCCCCGACGGGGAAGGGCAAGAGCGUGUCGUAUCCGAUCAGGCGGGCGUGGAGCGAGGGGUCCCUCGUCCUGAUGGCCUCCGCGAGUUCGUCGCCGUCGUCGUCCCCGGUCGUGGGGAGGCCGCAGGCGGCGGGUCCUUGCGAUCUAGACAGGGCGAUGGAUGAUGGGUUUUGUCUCAAGAUUUGAUCUUUUUUUAUGGGUUCUUCUCUUCGGUCGUUUUUCUUUUGGUUCUUGGUAGAUGAGAUGGGGGGUCGUUGUUGUUGAUGAUCUCGAUGUUUGCUUCAUUCGUUUUGAUCUCUUCGUGACCAGCUUAGGAAUUUUAGAAGAGCCCCCUCAUUGAAUUAGAGAAAUCUGACAUGAUCUAUAGACAUGGUGGUGUCCUCUGGUGUUGUCUGGGUGGAAAUCGGUGCGAUUGCAAUGUUCAUCUGUUGAUAUGGUGGGAGUCAGUUUCAUCUGACGAUGAAUGUACAAAGUGAUCUUAAUGGAGCCAUACUUUUUCUCCCAAA